ACGUGUUACGUAGGGGUACUGCUUCCGGGUACUUGGUAGCAUAAUCCAAAACCACCAAUAUAUACUGAUGCCCCCUUGCAGACUUUACCAGAGGACCUACCAGGUCCAUUGCAAUCCUCUCAAAAGUUAUUUCUAUUAUAGGCAAUGGUACCAGAGGACUGCGGUAUGCCUUAAAAGGGGCAGUUUGCUGGCAUUCAGGACAAGAAGAACAAUAAUUUGCAACUGAUUCAAAUACCCCAUAAAACCUCUGUAAGACUCUUUAUUUUGUCUUUUCUUUGCCUAAAUGUCCCCCCAGUAUAUGGCUGUGUGCAAGGUUUAGGACUGUAUGUGUGAAGGGCUUAGGCACAAGUAAUUGCUUUACAACAUCCAUCCCCUUUUUCUCCACUCUAUAAAUCAAAUCAUUCUGUACCUCAAAGUAAGGAUAUAAAGGGGCUCUAUCUAGUUGUACUGGAUCAUCAUUAGAAACCUGGAUAUUUUUACGGGCCUCUGCAAGAGUGGGGUCUUCCCAUUGUGCUUUCCUGAAGUUAACAGGACUGACUUCUAAUUCAGGAAGGUUAAUGCCUUGAUCCUGAUCAUUAUCGGACUCCUGACUAUCGUGGCCCGGGUCAUCUCCUAUUAAAGCUGGCAUGUGACGUGAGGCUUCAGCCUUCUCUGUUCUUAUGUUAGUGCUUCCCAUUCUAUGUCAGAAAAAUGAAACACAUUUCCAGAAUCAUCAUCAUCAUUUGCUAUACAAUCAUGAGCUACUUUUCCUGGAGACCCCCACAAGUCUAGAAAUUGGGGGAAAUCCCUUCCCAACACCACAUCAUAAGCCAAUUUAUCAACCACCACCGCUCUAUGAUUCACAGUACCAAAAAGGCUUUCAAAUUUCAGCAAAACUGUAGGAUAUUCACGUUUGUCACCAUGAACACAAAUAAUACCUAUUUUCUGAAAUGCAUCAACAUCGGCUUCAGAUACAAGGCAUUUUGUUAUCAACGUAGCCAUACUUCUGGAGUCUAAUAUAGCUCUAACCUCUUUCCCAUUCACCUUUAUAGAACAUAUCUGCGGCUUGUGACUACAGUUGGCAACAGCAGAUUCCAUAUGAUUCAGCAGACAAGACAAUUGUACAUCCUGAUUAAUCAUAUUGCAUUGCAUAGGUUCAUCAAUCAAGGGACAGUCUCUAGCUUUAUGUCCAAGUUCAUUACACCGGAAACAUUUAAUAUUAUAUUCUGUCCCCCACCUAGACCCUUUUCCAGGAUUUACAUUUCUAGGCAUAAGCGUAUGGGGUCUCUGAGAAUAUGUCUCUUGUUCCUCUGUGUCUCUGAAACCUUGAAAAAUCUUACCAGGUCUUUCAGCAGCUGGAGUCUUAACUCUCUGCAUAGACUUUGUUUUGUUAAGCCACUGUCUGUCAUCCGCAGCAACAUAUCUUUCCACCAAACUAAUUAACUCAUCGGCUGAUUGUGGAUCACUCUGACUGACCCAUCGAUGCAGUGAAGCAGGUAAGCCCUGCAGGAAUCUGUCCAUCACAAGAAGAUCCAUGAUGUGGCUUGCCAUAUUUAUUUCAGGUUGUAGCCACUUUCUAGCAAGAUGUAUCAGGUCAAACAUCUGGGAGCGGAUAGGUUUCGCUUGGUUGAAAGUCCAGGCAUGAAAUCUUUGGGCACAAACUGCCAUAGUCACACCAAGUCUUGCAAGGAUAUCAGCCUUCAGUUUGGAGUAGACCCCUGCCUGCGCUGGUUCCAGGUCAUAGAAAGCCUUCUGGGGUUGUCCGAUCAGAAAAGGUGCCAGUAUGUUUGCCCACUCACUCACUGGCCACUCUUCUCUCUCAGCGGUCCUCUCAAAAGCUAAAAGGUAUGCUUCCACAUCAUCUGUAGGUGUCAUCUUCUGCAGGUAACGGCUGCCUCUGAUCAUCUCAACCUCGGACUGCAUCCCAUCCGAAACUCUGGUCAGUCCAUUGGUCAAAGCCUGUAUCUCCUUCUGUAUCAUGCUGGAGGCCUGAUGUUGCUCCUCCCUGAGCAGGCAGUUUGCCUCAGCUUGGGCUGCCACAACCUGCUGGAUCAUGGCAUCUGUGUUGGCUUUUUGCGUGAUUACCAGUUGCUGUAGGGCUGCAAUAUUUUCCUGUUGUGCCACUGUGGCCUGUUGCUGUACAGCCGUAGCCUCCUGCUGUAUGGCUGUAGCCUUUUGCUGUGCCUCUGUAGUUUGCAACAAAACUUUCACAACUUCCUCCAUAUUCCUCCAGGCUUGUUUGGUUCCCAGUUAAUACCCACAGGCUUCUUCAGUGCACUGCCCCACCAUAUUCUCCAUAUUCUGCAUUCUCCACCAUAUGUGACAAACUUACUUCCCUGUGUGUGUUUGUCCAUGAUCUUUUGGCAACUGCACAGCCCUCUAGGGUAAGGAAGCCAGGCCAAGACAAAGUCCACUUUCAAAGGCCUCUGGCCUGUUUAUUUUCUGUUGUUAAGAAGUAGCAGGAUACAACAGGAAACAACAGGAUAUAACAGGAUACAACAGGAUACAACAGGAUACAACAGGAUACAACAGGUAGCAAACCUUCUUUCUCCUCAAAACACUUCCCUCACUCCACCCUGCUUUAACUGCAGUUAAAUGCUGCUCACAGCCCCUACAGGUGAGGCUAAUGACCUCAUUAGGCAGUCAGCCAGAACUCCUGGGCUGGACUCAUGCACAGCCAUUCUGACAGUGGGUGGAGAAUCGGCCUACCCUGCUCUUCCGAAUACAGGGACCCAAAUAACAACAUAGAAAAAAACCUACAUUUCAACUUUUCUUUCCCUGGGGCUGCAUGUGCUUACCCACAUGUAAGGAUAGUGGCUGCAUAAAAGUCUGGGUGCCAGAUAUACACCCCUGGCCACCAUCCCCAACACUCUGUCACAAACACACACAAAUACACUUUAGGAGAUUCAUUCUGACACACACAAAUUGACACACAUCAACAGAUACAGUGACAUACACACAUGCACAGAUACACACACACAUAUGAACAUGUAUUCACACAUAAACAGAUACACACUGACACAUAUGAACAUACACACACUCACCUAGAUACACACACUGGCACACACAGAUUGAUACAUAUGAAGAAAUACAGUGAAACACACAUGCACAGGUACACAUAUUGAUGCACAUGUACAUAUACACACAUGCAUAGAUGUACAUACACAUUUACAAACAGUGACCCAUAUGCACACAACACACUCAUACUCUCCACAUCUCUUUGAGUCCAGCUUAUCUUCCUGUUGUGAGCUCUCCAAAUGUCUCCCGGGCUUCCAUACAUCACUGAUUUUCCUCUGGUUUGCAGCAAGAACUUUCAGCUGUGUCAGCGAGGGUAGGGAGUGUCCCAUAGCACUCUUGAUAACAGUGACCCCCUGACCAUGUGUUCCAACCAGUUGCAACGCUGGAAGUUCCUCACCUGCUUUGAGUAACUAUGCUUUGCAAUAUGCUGGAACUUAAAACACUGUUUGAUAUUUCACAAAAGUCCAAUAUAGCAGGAGAUGCGAUAUCAAGAAAGAGCGCAUGGAGACAAAUUCCAUGGAUAGAACCUGGUGCCGAACCUCUUGAACUUCACCAGCUGCAAAUACUAGAGAGAGAACUGCAGGGCAAUGGAUCAUGGGACCAAUAUCAAAUCAGACUAACUUACUCCAAGAUGGUUUGGAUAUAUGAAACAAGCUAAACUUAAAAUACCUCUUUUAUCUUAGAGGUAUUUUCAUACUUUGCAAAUACCCCUUAAGGUAAUAUCUCUGAGCUGGGGAGGACCAGGGGUGGAAGGUAGUCAUACUAUGUUGAAGCGGUUUCCUGUACAUAUUGUUUUUCAGCUCUUGGUGCACCAUCUGCCAGGAGCUGUGUCAGUGCUGUACUCCUGCACAUGCAUAAGAGCACAAUACUGAUCCCAUUGUACCACUGUACAGCGCUACAGAAUUUGCUGGUGCUAUGUAAAUAAUAAAAUAAUAAUAAUAAUACUGAUGUCUAUGGAGGAUCCUGUGGGUACACAGGAGACAACAAAAAACUAAUCUUGUGAUCUGCCAUAAGCAACCUGUAUUUUGUGAGCUGAAAGAGCCAAAUCCAUUGGGUUAAUUCACUGUUCAACAGUUUCCUGACUGACUUAUUGGGUCCAGCAGAUUAAACAGGGUGACACCCUAGUUAAUACCCAAUAUGAUCUGUGCAAACUUUUUCACUAGGGAAAUAUGUGGGCUAUUUUGGCACCAUAUGAAUAAAUAUAAAACUUUUUUACUCUUUGUAGGUCUUUGUUGUGAUGUAUAAAAUGUUCUAACCUAUGUUUCAGCCACUCACUGUCAGUCUGAAAUAUGUUUAUUCACAAACACAGUAUUUAUAAAGAAUCGGCAAAGGAAUUGCACAUAUUAGGCUAAACAGAUUAUCUGGUAAACUAGAUAAGUUGGAUAAUGUGUCUAAUUUUGGCUAUUUUCGACGUAAUUUUUUUUUCCCUUGUCAAUUCUCCACAAUUACCAGCUUUGUUGAAUAACCCAUGUUAUUAUCUGUAUUUAAAACAACACAGAUAAGAUAACCAAGAUGAAGUUGAAAGAGGAAAUUCUUCUUGUUAUCAGCAAUAUAAAUACUAUAAACUACAGAUGUACGCAUUAAAAAAAUAGAACUGGUGCACUGGUGUGGGGAGAAAGUAGCCUUACUUGUCUGGCAAGUGGCGCAGUUAUUUAAUAUGUCAAUGGUUCCUCUGAAUCUACAUCUGUUUGUGAGAUAAUGGUGUGUUUCCCACACAUGGAAAAUCUUAAACAUCAAAAUAAACUAAAUGGACUACUGUAUAGCAAAAAGAGAGAAUUUUCAUUCACUAGAAGACUAAUAGUUCACUAUAUAUAUGUGUUCACUAUAUGUAUGUGUUCACUAUAUGUAUGUGUGUGUGCUUUUCCUCUAUCCAUUGUGAUAUCUGUCAUAUAUUAAUAUCAGUAUAACACACAUUGUAUAAAAAUGCUGAUAUUUAUUGUUAUGCUUUAUUCUCUUUAGGUUGUCAAUUAUGAUUUCAUCCCUUAUGCUACUAACACAAAAGAUUACAUCUCUUGCACUGGAUAUUCAUGAAAGGAAAGUGACUGUAAUAACUCUUCAGACUGGUAAUGGUAUCCACAGGCAGAUAGCAGUCAAUGUACUGGUAGUUCUCUCCUACUUCCUGUUCUUUCCAGCCCUGUUGGGAGGUCCACUGUGCUCGUUUGUGAAGUUUCAGCAGCAUGUCCACAGAUCUCACAUGUCCCACGCUUUGAGGCCUACAUGGCUGUUGAUCAAAGGCUGUGCUAUUUCUUUUUUGCUGCAAAUGUUCCGUUCUUUAGUGGCUGAGAAUAUAGACAUUCACGGUGGUCUCUUGGAUUGUACAAACUUGAAUUGUAUAUACAUCAUGUGGAUUACAGCUGUGCUAUUUAAAUUGACGUAUUAUUCCCAUUGGAUGUUGGAUGAAUCUCUUCUUCACGCUACAGGAUUUGUAAAUGAAUGUCUUGACGGGUCAGACUUACAUAUAGUCUCGGAUCUUGAUAUUUGGGCCUUGGAAACAACUCACAAAAUCUCAUUUUUUGCCCGAUCCUGGAAUAAAAGUACAGCAAUAUGGAUGAAAAGACUAGUAUUCACAAGGUGCAAAACCAGACCUUUACUGAUGACAUUUGCCUUUUCAGCCUGGUGGCAUGGACUCUAUCCAGGUCAAGUGGUUGGUUUCUUGUGUUGGGCAAUGAUGGUAGAAGCUGAUUACAGAAUACAUAAGUAUUUAGGUGCUUGUGAGAAAGUACAAUACAUCAGAUAUCUUUAUAAAAUUGGCUCCUGGUUUCUGACUCAAUUAAUAAUUGCAUUUAUUAUGGUAGCUGUUGAAAUGAGAAGCUUUGCAAUGGUAUGGGCUUUAUGCUCCUCUUACAAUAGUGGAUUUCCGAUGCUGUACUGUAUAUUAUUGUUAUUAUUGAAGAAAUGAUGUCAGUCUACCUGGAUGCCUUACCACUGCCUCUACUCAACAAAUUGAUGAAAGUAUCAUAUAACCUGUGAUGUUACAUUGUGUAUGUUAUAUUAUAUCCCUUAAAUACAUGAAUCCUCCCAAAGGUAAUUAAAUUUACUGAAGCAUGUAACCCAUCUUGCUUCAUCUAGAGAACGUAUUCCAGAAUAAAUUCUAGAUAACACAAUUUUAAUCUUGUUGUUAGAUGACUAUUGACUUCACUUACACCCCUUUAUAUAUGAUGAACUAAGAAUCCCCCCUAAAUUUGUAAGCAGGGCCGCCAUCAGGGCAUGACAAUCAUAACGGUUGUCAUGGGCCUGGCGGUCCUGGGGGGCCCAGACUGCUCUGGGAGUCCCGGGCCCCACAUUCCAUAUGUGCACAUAUAGAUAGCGACUAUCGCUAUCUAUAUGUGCACCUGCGGGCCACGGCUACCUGUACAAAGCAGACGGGGGCCAACCAGCACCAUCUUAACUCUCCAGCAGCUCCUGUGCCUGUGACUCUCGCAAGCUCCGCGGCCGGCAGUGCAUUGUCAUAGGUUACCAUGGCAACGCUCAGCGUGGCAAACAGGCACAGCUCGCAAGAGUUACAGACACAGAUGCUGCUGGAGAGUUAAGAUGGUGCUGACUGGCCCCUGACUACAUUCUACAACGGCUGGCUCCCUCCACCAGACCACCAGGGAUGCAAUCUCCCCCUUCACUAGUCAGGUAAGAAGCAGAGACUGGGGAAUAAAAUAGUGUGUUAAAUAAAUGUGGGUCAUAUACAAAAAGGCUCCCACCCUAUGCAGCCCCCUAUUUUACACAUUUACACACACUAAUCCACAACACAAACACACACUGCAUACACUAUACACACUUAAACCACAACACAAACACACACUGCAUACACUAUACACACUGCAUACACCAGGCCGGACUGGGAAUUAAAAGCAGCACUGGAAAAAAAUUAUUUACCAGCCCCAUAAUGCGCCACGCCAGCAUAAUGUGCAGAUACAGAGUUAGAAAAGAGAAAUUAAAGGACCACUAUAGGCACCCAGACCACUUCAGCUUAAUGAAGUGGUCUGGGUGCCAGGUCCAGCUAGGGUUAACCCUUUUUUCUAAAAACAUAGUAGUUUCAUAGAAACUGCUAUGUUUAUAUUAGGGUUAAUCCAGCCUCUAGUGGCUGUCUCAUUGACAGCCGCCAGAGGGGCUUGCGUGCUUCUUACUGUGAAAAUCACACUGAGAAGACCCCAGCGUCCAUAGGAAAGCAUUGACACUGGCUGAAUGCACGUGCAGCUCUUGCCACGCAUUCGCAUUCAGCCGAGUGCAGAUUUAUUUUAAGCAGACGUGCCUUUGCAUGUAAUCAAUGUUUCAGUCCAACUACCUUGACAUAUUAAGGAAAGCUUGGUAACGGGACUGAAAUGGUGAAUGUAUGUAUUGCACAGCUGUAAAAAAAUACGUUAGCUUGUUUAUUUUGAAGUCCUGUGGGUGCACUCUUCACUUUAAAUAUGUUAUUGUGCUGGAGUACGCACCUAGCAACAGGACUGGGCCAGUAUCUGCUCAUUACAUAUGGUACAUAUUAAUGACAUUUUUCUGUGUAUUAUGCAUAUAUAAAUGUACAUUAAUAUAUGUGUAAAUAUUAUAGACAUAAUUUUAUAUAUAUAUAUAUAUAUAUAUAUAUAUAUAACUAAUACGCACAUUAAUAUACAUGAUAUAUAUAUAUAUAUAUACCCGUGGCGGAUCCAGGGGCAAUGUUUGCAUGGGGGUCUGUGUGUGUGUAUGGGGGGCAGUGUGUGAAUAUGUAUGGUGUGUGCAGUGUGUGUAUGGGGAUAGAGUUCACUCUCACCACUGCGACCGCCAGGUGGUCGCAGUGGUGAGAGUGAACUCUAGCCCGUAGCUCCAGGGCUAAAGUUCACUCUCGCGAGAGCCGGAGCGUUGCCGCUGUAACCGCGGCAAUGCUCUGUACUCGCGCAAGAAGGACCCGGAGGAGCUGCAGGCUGAGCUCCCGGGUCCUCUCUUCCUCCCCUGCACGGUGCCUGCAGAACGGGGAGGGAGAUCUCUGAUCUCCCCUCCGGUCCGUGAAGGCACAUGGCGCUUGGACAGGGCCAGCCCUGCAUUGGCCAGCAGGGGAGAGCCUCUGGGGGGGGGGGGCAAUUGCCUGUUGCCUCCCCUGGAUCCACAAGUGAUAUACACAGCCCCUCUGUGUGCCUUUUUGUCUCCCCCAGUCCCUCUGUAUGUUUCUUUCUCCCCCUCACUGCUCCUCUGUGUCCAUGUCUCCCCUCUCCUUCCCAGUCUCUCUCUCCCCCCUCUGCCUCUUUUUCCCCCUCCCCUUGUGUGUCUCUCUCCUUUCUCCCUCUGUGUCUCUCUCUUCCCCUCUGUCUCUUUCUCCCCUCUUUCCCUGUGUCUCUCUCUCCCCCUCUACCAUCUCUCUAUUCCCCCUCUUUCUUCCCUUUUGUCUCACUCUCCCCCCUCUGUCUCUUUCUCCCCCCUUUCCUUGUGGCACUCUCCCUCCCCCUCUGUCUCUCUCUAUUCUCCCACUGUCUCUUUCUUCCCCUGCGUCUAUCUAUUCACCCUCUCUCUGUUUUAUUUUCCCCCACUUACCUUGUGUCUCUAUAUUACCUUUCUCCCCCCCACCCUUCCCCCCCAUUUACCUGAGAGGAGUCAGGGGGGCCGGCCGCGUUCCACACAAAACUACAUCUGUGACGAGACCAAUCUCGCCACAUUGCAUUGGAGGAGCCUGGUUGCCCACCUGCUGCCUUUGGAUUAUGGACCAGCAGCUAAAGGGUUAAUUUUACUGUGCAGAAGGAUUUAUUUCUCCCUUUCUGCACAGCCGUUCGGUAGAUUCUAUCUACCGAACAAACAGUUUCUUUUCAGCCUCCCCAGAGCCAUGGGAAGCCGGCCAGCGACCUUAAUUGGCCACCCAGAAGCUGGAGUACGCCCUCCAUUUACCUCCCUGAAGCCGCGGUUAACCGCGGCUUAACGAGCGUGUGCCGGCAAUUGACCACCCAGUAGCUGCGGUUAACCGCAGCUUAAUUGAUUGUUACUGGGUGGUCGCGGUUACACUUAGCCCCCACACGAUGGCGGUGUUCUGGAGCUCCCCGGGCAGCCAGCGCUUUUCUGCCCGGCUUUCCUGCAUCAAACCGGACACUUUUACGUGCAAGCACCGCUGAACCUCCAACCCCUGGUUCUAAUUCGUACGGAUUUCACGAAUGCAUGUAAAUUCGUUUUUUUAUGUUGGAGGAAUGUUUUAACCCAGAUAGCCAUGCCAUGGAGCCUGUUCGUGGAAUUAAAGACUUUGGCUCCAUGGCAAUUAAACUGUAUUCGUGUGGUCUGAGUGCCAUUCACCUAAUAAUCUGCACUCAGACCUGAGCUAUCUGGGGAUAUGUUACAUGUAUAUAUUUACUGUACCGUUUGUCCCAUUAUGUAUUUUAAAGUGAUAGUCUGUCUUUGUGUCCCCACGUGUGUAAUGGAGUUUUGCCUUUGUCCUGGGAGAUAAUUGAAUUACUUCUCCAGGGCAGAGGGGAGGAAGCCAGGAUGCAUUGUGGGGAUGUUUUACUUCUGUAUGUCUGUAAUUGGUACAUGUCUGUCUUUUGUUACAGUCUUCCAUCUGGUCCCUUAGGGGAGUGUCCACCAGGUGGGAGACCUGCAUAAAUACUGGGCAGGUAGCCCUCAUUAAACAGACCACUGCUUGACCCCCAACACGGAGCCUUGUCUCGUCUUUGGGUGGAUUUACUGAAUGCUGAUAGAGACUGAUUGCUAGGAGUGUAAGCCGCUUGGAUGCUUUUCCUAUUCGUCUGGUAGCAGCAAUUCGUAUGGUUCCUGUUCGUGUAUUUGGAGUGCUAUAUUGGAUGCCGUUCGGGAGUUUGAAGCAAUCACUUAUUGUAUGCAGUUCGAGUGUUUGGAGCAUUCCCUUGUAUGCAGUUCGGGUGUUUGGAGCAUUCCCUUGUAUGCAGUUCGGGUGUUUGGUGCAUUCACUUGUAUUCAAUUCGUGAGUUUUGGUGAUUCUACAGUAGCUGUGCCUGUCUCUGAAAGGGGAUUAUCGUCUAAGCGUUUUUUUUCUCUUUUGUGCAAAACGGUCCGUUACAACAUCCAUUAUACAAAUGUGCACUCUGUAUAUAUUUUACACACCACACAGACAGGGCAUCCUUGUGGGUGGACUCAGAAUGGGCCCCGGGGGCCCAGACUUUGAAGGUGUCAGGGGCCCCAAAUUUCUGAUGGCAGCCCUGUUUGUAAGACAGAAUUGCAAGAAUUAUUUCUUCUUAAGGUUCUGUCAGCUUCCAUCCAGCCUUUACAGAGCCUGUCAGUAGACACACUUGCAUGGAGUCUUGUUGGAAUUACCUCUGAAGUACAUCUAUUGUUGGUUUUCUCUUGCCAUUCAUAUGUCUAUAAGUGAUUCUCGUGUAGUUUUGUAAGUCUGAACUCAUAUUGUUGUUCCCAGGCAUGUGAGAUGAUUUUCAUUAGUUGCUGCUCCUUGUUACAACUAAUUUAUUAUCACAGAAAACCCAUAAGUCAAGAUGGCACAUUACAGCAUGUUCUCCAUUGACAUGUUAAGAAGCAUCUAAUUUUAAUUGUUAAAUUAAAUAAUGCAAUAACUAACUAAAGGCUCAAUGUCUCUAUUAGUUCUCAAUUAGACAACUACAAGAAGGUCCAUUUUGGGUAAACUAAUCUAAUGUUCUAACUAAUUUAACAUGUCCCUGAGAACCUAUGAACAUCACUGAGACUUCUCUGAGGCUUUGAAUGUGAACUAUGGUGUUAUCGACUGCAUAGAUCUCCUGACAAGUUAAUUUGCAUAUGACAGAUUUUCUAAUAAUAAACCAGAGUUUAUUCUAACCUCACCUCUGUGUGCCUGUGUCUGAAUCACCUCUCCGAGCUCGUGGGUGUGGUUAGUGGAUCAGAGGUCUUGGAUGCGGAACUGCAGCUGUUAUAAAUCCCCGGGACAAAAAAAAUAACCCUAACUGUGACGGACAUUGGGCUAACUUGACCGUAUGUCAGUGAUGGCUAAUCUUGACACCAUAAAUUGUUUCUGGACUACAUUUCCCAUGAUGCUCAGUAGCUUUUAGAGUCUAAUAGCUAGCUGAGCAUCAUGGGAAAUGUAGUCCAGAAACAAUUUAUGGUGUCAAGGUUAGCCAUCACUGCCUUAGGUAAUGGAAAGGAAAGUCCAAUAUUGGCUUUUUCCGUUUGGACAGGUCCAAUCAGGUAGAUAAUUUAUUGGUAGCUCAAAUGUGUUUUACAUAUUGAAUAAACUUCAAAACCUGUGCAAUUAAUGUUAAUAUCAUGUGUUUAAGAAAAACACAUUGUACUGUACACAGAUACAGAACAUAGUUUAUAACCACAAUCUUCCUUAAUUAAAUAAUGUAUUCAUUACAGUAAAACAGUAGAUGGUUCCAUACCUUUCAGCUCCAGCUUCCUGAGAAUUGGGAGGGAGGAAAAAGAGCUGGGCCAGUGAUGUGAUCUUGUCAUUGCCCUCUGCCCAGAAAGGAGGUAGGUCCAUCCGAGUUAUUGGCAGGUCAGUCUGACCAUCAUUCAGGCCAACUCAAUGAGGGCAGGAUAUGCAGGGAGCACUGUGUCAAUGCUCCCUGCAGGGUCCUAGUGUCCUGAACAUAGCGUGAGCGCAUCUUAAGAUGCUAUGAUUGUUAGGCACAGUUAGGGAACAAAGGUGGGACAUGAUCCAAAAAUCAGCACUGCCCUGCAGAAAUUAGGUUAGUUGGGAAGGAUGUGGUUCCUUAAAAUACAUACCGUGCAAUGCCAGAUACAAUUUGACAAUACAGCUAAAAUGUUGGCUCCUCCAAAAUCCAUGUUAAAAGAAAUGUGGCUUGUAUCACAGUUCUAGGAUAGAUUCUAACACGUCAGGAAAGUUGUGCCAAAAAAGAAUAAGUCAGUUUGUUUAAGUUUAGAAAACUGUAUAAUCUAUUAUUAAUUUUACGAUACUUUCGGCCAAUAACAACACUUCCCUGUCACUUACGCUGUGUUGGAUAUAGAGAAAUUAGUUUAACCUUUGGUCUGAAAAUGAAAACAGACACAGAUUUCUACAGCUUGGCCCUGUUCAACUGGCAGCUGAAAACUUCACAUGGAAACAUGCCCUUUGGCAACUUCUGUAACACAUAAUACACCUUAUAUUUAAAGCUUGUUAACUUUUCUCUUCCACUUUCUGUGUAUGGAUAAAAGCUUAACUAAAUAAGUUUGUUGAGGCUAAAAUCCCCAGUGUGCCAUAAACUAUCAGUGAAAGUCAGGUUUCCAAAUUCCAUACCCAGUUCUUUUCCCUUUUGAAGGAUUUAGUCUUCUGAAUUUAUAAGUAACUUGUCUUAGUUUCACUAUUGAUAUCGAUUAUGUUCUAGAUUUAUCCAAAAUACUCACAUUGAAGUAGUAUUUCGGGAAAUCUUUUGAGCUUCAAUAUACUGUGAUACGAUGUCUUGCAAACUCCUCACUUUCCUUGGACAAUUUUACAUUACAAUUAAAAUAAAUUAUAUUGGAAAUUGUAAAAUUUUGUUUUUACACAACGCAUCCUACACUUUCAAAGUGCACAAUAUUUUUUUUGCAUUAUUAAGGGACAAAAAUUAGUUAAACAAUAAAAAAGAUGUUAAAUGGGAGAAAUCUGGAAAAAUUAAAGGUCUAGAGUUAAUAGGGCAAACAAGGGGAUGACCCUGGGUAAACAGUAAAUAGUAGAGCGGAACUGCCCUAUAGUAGAGUAAUUUCUAAAUAGUAACAUUUAAUAUAUUUAUUAAAAACAUUGUGUCACAAAGUGAAAUGGUAUGAAAAAUUAGCCCACUCAACAAAAUUCAGUUAAUUUACUUAUAAGAAAAAAGUGAAAAAGACAAAAGAAAAAUAAUAUUUGCAUAAUUAUCGACUAAGUGGUCAUAGAAAUUAGAAAUAAAACCUGGUUUAAUUUCUACUAGGUAUAUCUGGAGGUAGAAAAAGUGUCUGUGAUCUUGUGAUAAUUACAGGAAAAUACUGUCUGUCUACUGUCACUCUGUCCCCUGUCACCCCCUCACUCUGUCCCCUGUCACCCCCUCCUUCCCUCACUCUGUCACCCCUCACUCAGCCCCCUGUCACCCUCUCACUCUGUCCCCUGUCACCUCCUCACUCUGUCUCCUGUCACCCUCUCACUCAGUCCCCGUCACCGUCUCACUCAGUCCCCUGUCACCACCUCACUAUGUACCCUGUCACCCCCUCACUCUGUCUCCUGUCACCCCCUAACUCUGCCCCCUGUCACCCUCUCACUCUGUCCCCUGUCACCUUCUCCUUCCCUCACCCUGUCCCCGUCACCCCCUCACUUUGCCCCCUGUUACCCAAUCACCCUGUGCCCUGCCACCCUCUCACUCUGUCCCCUGUCACCCCUCACUCUGUCCCCUGUUACCCCCUCACUCUGUCUUCAGUCAGCCCCUGUCACCCCCUCACUCAGCCUCUGCCCCCCUUAGUCAGCUCUCUGUCACCCCCUCACUCUGUCACCUGUCAACCCCUUACACUGUCCCCUGUCACCCCCUCACUCAGCCCCCUGUCACCCUCUCACUCUGUCCCCUGUCACCCCCUCACUCUGCCUUCUGACACCCCCUCACUCUGUCCCCAUCACACCCUUACUCUGUCCCCUGUCACCUCCUCAGUCAGCCCCCUGUCACCCUCUCAAUCUGCUACCUGUCUCCCUCACUCUGUCCCUGUCACCCCUCACUCACCCCCCUGUCACCCCCUCACACUGUCCCCUGUCGCCCCCUCACUCUGUCCCCUGUCACCGCCUCACUCUGUCCCCUGUCACUCCAUCACUCUGUCCCUUGUCACCCCUUCUGUCAGCCCCGUCACCCCCUCAUUCCUUUGCCUGUCACCCUCUCAUUCUGCCACCACCUCACUCUGCCACCUGUCACACCCCUCCACACUCUGUCCCUCCCUUCCACACUCUGUCAGCCCCCUCCACACACCCUGUCACCACUCCGUACACACGGUGCCACCACCCCCCACACACGCUCCCCACUCCUUUUCCAGUCACACUCCCUCCUCCAACCAUGCCUCACUCGUCCCCAACCCUGCCACACGCACCCUGUCGCAUUAACACCUAUAAUCCUGUCACACACUGUGGCGAAACCGACCUCGCCACUGGGCAUUGGAGAAGACUGAUUGCCAGCCUCCUGCCAUGUGACUAUGGCCCCUGGGAUGUAUUGCCCUUUAAAGACAUGAUUUGGGCAUAAUGGAUUUGUGUUGUGCUACUGCUGGCCCUUAAAGAACCAUCUGGGGACAUACUGUGGAGUUACUGGGUGGCCACCAUUUCCUGUAUCAGAAGCACAUGGUGAGAACAAUGGAUGGCGGCCAUUUUAACUCACAGACACUGUUUGGACUUUUCAACAUGGUGCCAUCUCGCCAGUAUUUGGUGCACAGAGACAUCAUGCAGUGGUUUUGGACUAUACAGCAGGGGACACAUUAUACAGUGAUUGUUUUUCAUUUAGCCUGUAUAUGUUCUGCAGAAUCUGCAUUAAACUGUAUCUUCCAAAGUACUGAACUGAACUUUUUAUGGGGUUAUUGCAUGUUUUGGGGUCCCUGUGAUGUGUUUUAUGAAACUGUAUUUCUCUGUCUGUGAUAAUUAGAUUACCCAUUGUGUAAGGUAAUUGUAUUACAGGCAGAGGGGAGGAUUUUGUGUGGGAGUGUCUGUGUGUAUUGUACAGAUUGAUUGGUUGUUCUGUAAAACCCUGUGGGCAGUACUAAGUUUGUGGAUUGGGAAUAAAAGAGGCUGUAUGUGCCAGUACAGUCAGUUCCUGCUUAACCCUCAAAGUGAAGUGUCGUCUCAUUAUUGGGGGAGGAUUUAUUGUAUGCUGUUCCAGUUUGACUGCUAUGAGUGUAAACCUAUUCGCAUGAUUUUUCCUAUUCGGCUGUAUACAACAUUCAUAUGCUUGAGAGCAUUCAUAUGCUCCUACGGUUUGGUGGUUUUGGUGUCUGCUGCAGUGCUUGGAGUCCUCAGGAAGCGCUAGGAGCAUCCUUCAACGGAGGUACCCAGUCGGGGUGCCAGGUGAUCCGUUACACACACUGCCAUCACUUUGUCCUAUGAUACCCCCUCCUUCCCUCCCUCUGCCACCUGUCACCCCUUCACACUCUGCCACCUCUCACCCCUUUCACACUCUGUCAGCCCCCUCCAUUCUCUGUCAUCCCAUUUCACACUCUGUCAUCCCCUCCACGCGCGUGCGCACACACACACAUUGUCACCCCCCUUCACACACCCUGUCACCACUACCCAUACGCACUGCCACCACCCCCCACAACCCCUCUUGAUCCUGCCAGACUCACCCCUCCAACCAAACUGCACUCACUUCCCCUCGCUCUGCCACACUCACAUUAACCCCCCAAUCCUGUUACACUCACCUUUUCUCUCACUGUCACGCUCCCCACUCCUCUUCCUGUCACACUCCCUAUUCCAACAGUGCCACACGCACCCCCAACCCUGCCACACUCACCCUGUCGCAUUAACAUCUCUAAACCUAUUACACACCCCCAUCACUCUGCCACACUCACCCUAUCAAUUAACCCCCUUAAUCCUGUCACAUUCACCUCCCCUUGCCCUUUGAAAUUCAUGAAUGUCUAACGGAGGAACUGUCACAGGGACCUUGACAGCGACAUCCCAGCUGCUAGUGGGACAGUCCAAGAUGAAAGGAUGUGAAAAAAAUCUCUGCACUGUGCACUUUAAUAAUAAUGUAUGAUGAGUAUGGCACAGUAAUUUAGUAAGCUAAUCAAUCCUAGUGACUGUGUCACUUAAGUCACUGGGAUUGAUUAGGCAGGCUAUAGGGCCUAUAGCCUCCCUAAUCAGUCCCUGUGAAGUGACUGAUAGGCCUAGACACUGUUACUGGGAUUGCUUAAAGCAAUUUAUUAUAUAAUUAUUGAAUGCUUGCCAUACAUUAUUAAAGUGCACAGUAUAGAGAGUUUAUUUAUUUUUGCAUACUUUCCUCUGCCUUAACGUGCCUUAACACUGCCAGUGUGUUUGUUUGUGUGUGUUUGUAUGAAUGUGUGCAUGUGCCCGUAUGACAAUAUGUCAGUAUGAGUGUAUUUAUGUAUCUGUAUGAGUUUCUGUAUGAAUGUGUCUGUAUGCGUAUGUGUAUAUGUGUGUCUGUAUGAGUAUGUAUGUCUAUAUGACUGUGCCUGUAUGAGUAUGUGCAGGUGUGUCUGUAUGAGUGUGUAUCUGCAUCAGUGUGUAUGUGUGUCUGUAUGACUGUCAGUAUGAGUGUGUGUCUAUAUGAGUUUGUAUAAGCAUCUGUAUGAUCAUGUGUGUGUGUGUCAGACUGUGCCUGUAUAAGUUUGUGUAUGUGUGUAUGACUAUGUCUGUAAAGGGUGUAUGUAUGUGUUUCUUUAUGACUAUGUGUCAUCAGAUCAUGCUCCUUCAGUCUCACUGCUCAAUUAUCUGCCAUUUAGAAUGUAAAUAAUUUUUGUUUCUCUUUAUGUGGCCCUAGCCACACCUCCCCCUGGCUGGCUUUCACACAUCCUGCAAUAAAAAAAAUGGUUUCAUUCGCAAUCAGGUGUGACAGCACAGUGAGUUUCCUUUAGAUGUAUUUUUUAUUUCCUGCUCUGUUAAUUGAAUUCAUCUAACACAGAAGGCCCCUGCAGGUUCUAGCCAAACAUUGUAAAUGUACUGUGUAAAUAUUUAUAGAUAAAAUGAGUUAAAACCAUACCAACAAGUGAGGUGUUGCAGUUUCCAUAGACAUAGUGAAGGAUGUACGUAUGGGAAAUCCAAGCUGACUGUUGCUAGAAUAAACAGUGAAACAAUAUGGAGACUGGAGGAAUGUCUGUGUAGCAGAUCAAAGACCCAAGGUAAGAUUAUAACAUUGAUAAUUAAUAAAAGGACAUCAGCAUAGUUAGUUAAAAAAAAAUAAAAAAAUUGAUUCAUCGAAUAAUAGGUAAACAUAUAACACAACAUAAAAGUCAGUGGAUACUUUCUGGUUAACGGGAGCACCUAAAACUGACAUUACAGAUAUACGUCCAUGUUCCUUCAGUCAAACAACUGACUUAUAGGUUUAUUCACUAAAGUGAGAAUAGCUUGGAAUUCCAAAGUGGACUCCAAGUUGAUCUCAAAUAAAAGGCCAAAAUAGCCGAAGUGAAAUUAACAAAGUCAACUUUGUGUCCAGAUCGGCUAUUUUGGUCUUAUAUUUGCAAUUUUCUAACUUAAUGAAUAAGCCUGCCAAUGUUUAUAAUAACUUAAUGAAUAAGGUAUGAAACCUGAGCUUCUUAAAAAACUAGUGGAGUCCUUGUGUACAUUACACGCAACCAUACUGAAGCCCAUGGAGCAAAGCAGGGGGGGAGUUGGCCUUGACAGGGCCAGAGAGUGGGCAGGUGAAGUUAAGGUCAAGGGGUGUGGAAAAUUAAUAUUUGUUUUGGGGGGAGGAGAGUAGGGGUUUAAAUAACGGGCAUUUUAGUGAGUGGCCAUCUUAAUCAAAACCUCACUUACUUUUUACUUGUAGCAAGUCGGCGUGGUUUGUUUUUUCUUUGGCAGGUAUGGCUUCAGCUGAAGAAAUUCUGGCUGGCGUGUAAGAAAUGGUGAAGGAGAAGGGAAUGGCAUGGCUACAGGACCAAAUGGGGGUCCCGAGGAUGUCUGCUCCCCCCCCGUGGUGAUGGAGAGGAGGCCGAUGAGGAGGGCACGACUGCCCCAACGGCUCAGCCCAGGAGCAGCACCAGCGGCGAGGAGGCGUCGGAGUCCGUCGUCGCCUGCGGCCCAGGCAGAAGGACGGACCUCGGGGGUUGGAGUGCGCCGGUCGUGCACAGAGGCCUACCGCAAGGAGGGCACCCAUCCGCAUGUCCGCGGGCGGGAGGCCACAGCAAGCGGCUGGAACCGGCCCAGCCAAGAUGGCGGCCAGGCAGCAGGGCAGAGACAGAUCCGAAAUGCAACUCCCCGGUGAGUCCGCCCCUGGUGGCGAUACUGAAGGGCAGGUGGAUGGGGUACAAGCGGACAGCUCGGCGCUAGAGCCCACUCAGGUGGCAGGGGAAGGCGGAUGGCAGGUCACAGACGGGCUUAACCCAUGCAGAGAAUAGGCCCAGGUCGGAAGGCAGGGAAAGGGACAGGGGGUGCAGCGUUUCUAGGCAUAGUGGAACUGCGGAGGGGGGGGGGUGAAUCCCAGCCCUCAGGAGGUUACCAUUAUACCAGGAGUGGACAAGGCAGAAUAUAUGAGCACAAGUGCAGGGGGCUUGGAGGAGCUGCAGGGACCGAGUAGGAGAGAGCAAGGCAGGGGAGACAGAGGCGAGUGGGAGGCCCAAAGGGGUCGCUCUCAGGUUCAGCAGGACAGGAGCAGGGACAGGAGGCGGGAUGAGAUUGGCGAGCAGCGCAGCAUCCGAAUGAGGUCAGCGGAGAAAGGGAGAAGCAGGGACAGGAGCCAUUCUAGGAGCCAGUGGAGUAGGCAGAGGUCCAGUAGCAGAGAAAGGAGGAUGAGAUAUCGGCGCAGCGCUUCAAUUUCAUCAGACAGGAGUUCAAGGGGACGGCAAAGAAAUACAUACGGCCGGGAUGGUCAGGCAGCGAAACAGCGCAGAGACAGGGAUAGGUGAAGGGAGCGCAGGGAGGAAGGGUGGGUAGGACAACAUAUGGACAGACUACCCAGGUUAUUUUCUCCCGGCAGGUCGAGGAGUGUUUCACCUAAGGUCUCAAGGAGGGGCCAGGUGGACUGGAUUUGGUGGCAACAGGAUUCUCCGCAGCCUGGCAAGACGGACGGAAAGACAGCAACCCCGCAGCCAUUCGCAGCCUGGGGCACAGGUGGUGAGUCAAGAAUUGCACCACACACUGGGAACUUGGUUGUUUAAAAUCGUUUAUAGAGUCAUGGGCGGGAGAAGGGGGGUCAUCUCCGUGGUUCGGAUGGGUAUGGUCACCAGAGGGCAGAAAGGAUAUAGAGAAGGGGGCUGAGUUGACGUUGGCGCGCAGGUCGAGUGUCGGUGAAGUGGGGGAUGGGGCGACAGUAGCGGAGAAGGUGGACGGGUCAGGAGAGCAGUCAGUAGGGUGUGACGAGAUCUCUGACGUGGCGCGGCAAAAUGUGCAUGUGUCCUUUGCGGGGCUGUUGGGGUGUCACUUGAAAGCUGAGAUUAAAGAAAAAAUUGGGAGAGGGGAAUUCGUGGAAAUCUUCUCCUUGCUUCCUCUCGAGGAAUUCCUCGACUUAAAGGAGGAGGAUAAGAAGGAUGCCAAAAAGGAGGAGGAGGAGAAAAGGCGGAGGUAUUGGAAGAUACCAAAGACUUUUGGUAACUGGCAUCGGGCCUUUUGUAUUUUGGCGAGCAUAAUCGGGGGAAAAGUCCCCGGAACGAUGCUCACAGCUUUUUUGUUACAUAGACGGGAUAGGGGACACCUACAGGACUUAUGGGGGAUUGGCAUGGUGGAGGUACGACGAGCAGUUUCGUCAACGGUUGGCAGCGAAUCCUAACAUGAGGUGGGAUCAGAGGGACCUGGAUGGAACUGAUGAUGGCGCAGAAAAACGCGCCCAUUCAGGGGACGGCCGGUACGGCUGCAGGCGGCGCCGUGUCGGCUGGAUAAAAGAGGGGGUUUUGCUGGCUCUACAACGAGGGUCAAUGCAAGUGGGGGGCUUCGUGUAGAUUUAAACAUGAAUGUUCCGUAUGCGGGGGCAAUCACGGAGUCAACAGGUGCUUUAAGAAGGAAAAAUCUAACCUUGGGGGAACAGCUGGGUCCACAGCUACGGCGGCUGCACCUGGGAACAUCGCCGGUGAAGGUCGGCGCGAUGCUGCCAUGGCUAAGGCAAUACGUUAACCAGGAAGACACGUGAUUUUUAUGGCGAGGGUUUACAGAGGGUUUUGUUAUCCCAUUCAGGGUCAAGGGUCUGGGAACGUUGUGUGCAAACCUUAAAUCCGUUCGGGAACAUCCAGGGAUAGUGCGGGAGAAACUAAUGAAAGAAGUCCAAUUGGGGAGGAUGGCGGGGCCGUUUCUAUCCCCGCUUUUGGAGGAUUUGCGGGUGUCUCCACUGGGGGUGGUCCCAAAGAAGGAGGCGGGCAAAUUUCGCAUGAUACAUCACUUAUCGCACCCAAGAGGGUCAUCGGUAAAUGACGACAUUGACGCAGUCCUGUGUUCUGUAUCCAAUGCAUCAUUCGACCAUGCAGUCGAGUUGGUUCGGAGAGCAGGACACGGGGCACUGAUGGAGAAGGUGAAUGUGGAAGCAGCAUUCCGGCUUGUCACCAUCUCCUGGGAUGUUUUUCUAAGGGUUUUUUUUGUGGACUUGUGUUGACCGAUGGGCUGUUCCAUAUCGUGUUCCUAUUUCGAAAAGUUUAACAUGUUCUUGGAAUGGGUGGUGCGGCGGGAAUCGGCCGGUGGGGCAGUAGUGCACUAUCUCGACGAUUUCCUGUGCGUGGGGCCGGCGGGGACCGAGUGGUGUGGUCAGAUCCUGAAGGUAUUUCAAUGGGUGGCGCAAUCUUUUUGGGUUCCCCUGGCGGGGGAUAAGACGGUCAGCACCAGCACGUGCCUCCGUUUUCUCGGUUUAGAGAUUGAUUCGGUAAAAGGCGAAUGCAGGUUACCCGCAGAUAAACUGCAUACACUUUGCCAGCUAGUGGAAAUGGUGAGGGGAUGGGCAGGGUUUUUUGUAGGCAGCAGGCUCGGUCGAUGAGUGGGGUGUGGCUACCAACUCAUUAUGUCAGGGUUUCGGCAGAUAUGAAAGCGGAUCUGGAGGUAUGGGGAAGGCUUCUAAGGGAUUUUAACGGUAAGGUAUUUUUCCGGGAACCAGGGGUAUCAUCCGAUGCCAUGGGUCUGUUCACGGACACUUCAGGGAGCGUGGGGAUCGGGGCUUAUUUGGCGGGACAAUUGUGCGCCGGAGAGUGGCCGACGGAGUGGAAGGCGAGCUCGCUGAUCAGGAAUCUGGUGUUCCUGGAAUUUUUCCCGGUAGUAGUAGCAGUAGCGUUAUGGGGUAAGCAGCUUGCAAACAAAAAAGUAGUCUUUUAUUCAGAUAAUAUGGCAGUGGUCCAGGCUAUCAACGGAUUGUAGGCAUCCUCGAUUUCAGUGGUACGGUUAUUUAGGCAAUAGUAAUAUUGUGUUUAGGGCAAGGCACGUACCGGGGCUCUUGAAUGUAGUGGCUGACGCACUGUCUCAUUCACAGUGGGAAUGUUUUCGGGAAGCGGCUCCGGAAGCGCAGGAGGAGGGACUGGCUUGUCCGGAAAAAAUGUGGCAGCUCAGGACAUCAUACUUGGGGAGUGUCACGAUUCGGGGAACCCAACACGCUGGCACACACACACACACACAGAAAAGGUGCUGUACCGGACCUUAGAGUGGCCGGGCUAAGCACACACAGAAUAGUCAGGAGACAAGCUGAGUAAGGGUAACCAGAAGACAGAAUAACGUGAAACGAGCCGAGGUCAAAGAGUAGGAGAAAGUCACAGAGUCAGAUAAACAAGCCAGAGAGUACGUAACCAGAAACACAAGGUAAGUAGCAAUACUAGUAAGCAAAGACCACAACAGGGCAGGGAGGAACAGGAAAGGUAAGUAUUUAAACCAUAAGGUUAAUUCUGAUUGGAUAAUUUUCAAUCAGAAUUAACAAUCACACGUGAGAGAUAUCUAAACCUCCCACUGUGAUUGAGGCACUGUGCCUUUAACGCCGGCUCAGGUGACUGACCCCGGCGUGUAAUAAUUUGGGCGGUCUCCCAGCGUGCAGCGUCAUGUAUGCUGCCGCUGGGGGACGUGGAGGAAACGGCGGGCGGCAUCCGAGGCUGGAAGGAUGCCGCUCGCCGAGCCCACGAGGAGGAGGGGACCGCGGACGGCUGGAGGGUGAGUACUGCGAGCGGAGUGCAGCCUCCCCUCACAGCCGCCCACGGGAUCCCGACAGGGAGUUCAUAAGGAGUUCCCUGGCGCCAGGCACUUGGGCAUACAAAAAGGUUUAGCGCGAGUGGGAAGAGACAGUGGCGCAAGUGGGCAGGGGACCUUUCAGCAGGACAUCGGCUAGAUGUGUUGUUAUGGGUAUUGUGUCGACUAUUCGCUCGAAAGGUGUCUCCAUCUAUGGUAGACAGGAACAUGUUGGCUUUGGCUUUCUUAUUCAAGUUUAAUGGGUGGGAGGAUUUAACCAAACAUUUUCUGGUGAGGCAAGCCCUACGAGGUUUUUGGAGGGGUAGAAAAUCAACGAAUACAAGGAGACCUGUGUCGUUUGCGGUACUGCAAGGGCUAGUGGAGGCGCUAACUACUUUAUGCUUCUCGGCUUACGAGGUGGUGUUAUUUUCCGGGGAGUUUGUUUGGGCCUUCUUUGGGGCAUUUCGAAUUGGGGAACUAAUUAGCGUCAACAAAGCAGGGGCCGGCAGACUUUGGGUGGAAGACGUGGUAGUCGGCAAGGACAGGGUACAGAUUAGGGCUGCUUGAAGACAGAUGUUUUUGGUAAGGGAUGCUCAAAGACAUUAUUUGAGUUGCCGGGGUCCAGGGUUUGCCGGUUGCUUGCGGGGCCGGGUUCUUGGUAAUCCGCCCUAAGAAGGAAGGCUAUUUUUUCAUUCAUACUAAUGGUACGGCGUUAUCCCGUUUUCAGUUUGUUUGUUCGCUUGGGGUUACGUAAGUUGGGACUGGACCACAUGCAUUUUGGGACACACUCGUUUAGAAUUGGGGUGGCAAUGGAGGCGGCGCGCCUAGGUUUGGGAGACGAGCGGAUCAAGCAGAUAGGGAGGUGGGAAUCCAUUCGGUUCCGCUCGUACGUUAGGCCCGACAGGUUUGUGUGACAGGGGGCUUGGGCGUUUACUGUUAUGUGUUGCUCUGCUGUGUCACUGUUUUAUUUAUUUCUAGGUCGGACGGAAUGACUGAUUGGACAUGCGUAUGUGUAUUGGGCGCAGAAGAGGGCUGCAGUUGCAGCUGGGCUUUCCUAUGGAGAUGGUAGUUCUAUCUUGGUUGGGAUUCAGGGGUUUCAGUUGGCAGAGCAUCAGUAGGGAAUUGUUUCAAAGGAUUGCAAGGGGGUCAUCCCCGAAUGUAGUAUUGGUUCACAGAGGGGGGAACGACCUAGGCUUGAUCCCCCAGCAGGAACUGGUGAGAAAGAUGAAAAGGGAUUUGGAUCAGCUACGGGAGCUGGUCCCUGGCGUGGUAGUGGUUUGGUCAGAAAUGGUGCCUCGUUUUAUUUGGAGACACGCCAAGGAUCCGGCUGCUGUAGCUCGAUGUAGGGGCAAGGUCAAUAAGACCAUGGCUGUUUUCAUUCGAAGGAUAGGUGGUGUAGUAGUGCGGCACCAGGAAAUGGAGGGCAUGCUUCCCGGGUAUUUUAGGAAGGAUGGGGUGCAUUUGUCAGACGUGGGUUCAGAUUUGCUUAAUUUGGGUUUCCAGGACAGUAUUACCCAGGCCCUGUUUAUGUGUGGUGGGGGUCGCACAUGAUCUUAAGGGGGUCAAGUCAUGUGCUGUGGCGGAAUAGGACGUGGGAUAAAUAGGGCUUAGGUGGAAUAAGAAGUGGACAGGCCAAGGUCUAGGCUAGAGUAGGCCAGAGUGGUAAAGUGGUUGGUAGGUUCAAGCUCAUUGGUGGCUACGAACCUGGGGGUGUAGGGAUGUCUUGGUACACCCCUACAGUUUAAACAUAUUGAAAUGGGACCUCUUUGGUAGGCCAUGUGUUAAACGUUAUGCAUUACUGGAAUGUUAAUUAUUGUUAUUUGGUAGGGUCAUUGUCAGGGGUAUUGGGCAGGAAGGAUCGGACGCAGUGGCGUACACAUGACCCAUGGGGCCCCUGUGCGAAAAUUGAUCCGUGGGCCCCCCCCCCGCGCGCGGGCCGGGCCGCAACACAUGGCGGUGGGCACCUGGUCGCAGGGGUUACAGGGCUGCGACCCCUGCGACCGCGGUAUGUACGCCAGUGCAUGCAGAUGCACACACACUUAAAGGACCACUCUAGGCACCCAGACCACUUCAGCUUAAUGAAGUGGUCUGGGUGCCAGGAGCUAGGGUUAACCCAUUUUUUCAUAAACAUAGCAGUUUCAGAGAAACUGCUGUGUUUAUGAAUGGGUUAAGCCUUCCCCUAUUUCCUCUAGUGGCUGUCCCAUUGACAGCCGCUAGAGGCGCUUGCGUGCUUCUCACUGUGAUUUUCACAGUGAGAGCACGCCAGCGUCCAUAGGAAAGCAUUAUGAAUGCUUUCCUAUGUGACCGGCUGAAUGCGUGCACAGCUCUUGCGCAGCGCUUGGCCAGCGGGGAGGGAAAGGAGGAUCGGGAGGAGGCUCCUUGGGGUGGAAAAAGGUAAGUUUACCCCUUACCAGAGCCGGGUGGGGCACCCUCAGGGCACUAUAGUGCCAGGAAAACAAGUAUGUUUUCCUGGCACUAUAGUGGUCCUUUAAAGGACACUACAGACACCCAGAUCACAUCAGCUCAAUGAAGUUGUCUGGGUGUCAGGUCCUCUAGUUUUAACCCUGCAGCUGAAAACAUAGCAGUUUCAGAGAAACUGCUAUGUUUCACUGAGGGUUAAUCCAGCCUCUAGUGGCUGUCUCACGGACAGCCGCUAGAGGAGCACACUGAACGUCCAUAGGAAAGCAUUGAGUAAUGCUUUCCUAUGGGCGGUUUGAAUGCGUGCGCAGUCGCAUUCGGAGCUGAGAGGCUGAGGGAUCCUCAGCGCCAAGGGAGUCCGGCGCUGGAGAAAGGUAAGUGCUGAAGACACACACACACACACUUACAGUCGCAUACACACUAGCUAACAGACACACACAUUUACUGACAGAGAUACAGUCAGCGACAGACAUACAUACACACUCACUUACAAAACAUACACUCUCAUUGACAAACACACACUCACUAACAGACAUCAAACAGACUCACUAACACACACACACUCAGUAAGACACACACAGUAACACACUCACUGACACUCACUAGCAGACACACACACUAACACACUAACACUCACUAGCAGACACACACUAACACUCACUCUAACACUCACACACACACUAACACUCACACACACUAACACACACACUAACACUCACUCUAACACUUACUCUAACACUCACACAUGAUUUUUUUAAAUUUUUUUAUUUAAUCCCCCCAGCCUCCUUACCUUUUGGAGUGCUGGGGGGAUUCCCUGGGGUCCAGUGGGGCUCCUGGGCGGGCUGGCCGGUCAGGCAGGCGGGCGCGCGAGGGAGCACUCAGUGCUUCCUCUUCAGCUCCCUCGCGCGUCGCGUAGGGAUGCCGGAGCCGGAAGAUGACGUCAUCUUCCGGCUCCGGCAUUAGUGCGGUGCGCGAGGGAGCUGAAGAGGAAGCACUGAGUGCUCCCUCGCGCGCCCGCCUGCCUGCCCGACCGGCCACCCGGGGUCAGCAGGGCCAGCCUCAGGGGGGCCCUGGGGUGGUCGGCUCCUGGGCCCCCCAGGGGAAGAGGCUGGCCCUGGGUGUACAUACCGGGUCGCAGGGGCGGCCGGGCCCCCUGGUGGGCCGGGCCCGGUCGCAGUCGUGACCCCUGCGACCCUGGUAUAUACGCCAGUGAUCGGACGUAAUUAUUACUUGUGACAAUGACCCUUAAUUGUUAAAUUAUAUAUUUAUAAUAAAUAAUAAAUCAGUGGACUUUAUACUCCAACAGAAUAAAUUGGUGUCCGAGUGUUACUUAAGUAAGGGUUUAGCACAUGCCGAAUAACGACUGUGCACAUGUCAUGAAUAUUUGUAUACUUUGUAACUAAAACUGCAGUUUACAUCCUAAAUGACCUAACAGCAUGGAUUAAAGAAUGAACAUAGAACAGUAUAAUUUUUUUGCCUAUGACUCAAAGAACAUCAAAAGCAGAGAAUGAACCUUUUGAGGAAGGGCACAUCAGUUUGAAUGGUUCAUCAUAUUUCCAAAUGUCUCACGGCUGAAAGAUUUUUGCCACAGAUUUAUACGCAAUCAUGAAGCAGGAUCUUUGAAAAGCACACAGCAGGAUCUAGAAAACAGCUGAUGGAAAUUGCGAUAUGAGGACUUCAACAACCUGUCAUACAAUUAAACAGUGACUUGAUUCUGUGUUCGUGCUCUAAUCUGUCAGCAGUGACCAUAAAGCUAGCAGGUUCAAAGGAAUGUAAAUAUGGCUAUAAACCGCCAGUAAUUUGACGAAACCAUCUGAUUUUUUUAAAUAGUUUGUUCUUUUAAGAAAGGACUAUAAAAAGAUAAUGAUCGAGCAUGAUUCUUUAAAGUUAAUGUUACGGAUACCUGGCACACAUAUAUAAAAUCUCCUUCUUUUAAAAUGCAGAAUGAUUGUUGCUUUUCUAAAAUCUACACAGCAAGAGCGAUAUAGAAUAAACAAAUUAAAUUAAUACAGUGGUACCUCGGUUUACAAACGCCUCGGCUAACAUAAUUUUCAUUUUAAAAUUAAAAUCCAUUGAAAAUAAUGCCUUGGUUUACCAUUUUUUUUCGCAAUACAAAGCAAGUUUCCCCAGGAUGCAUUGCGUCUGGGAGGUUUAUAGCUCCACCCCCAUGCAUGCUAGAGUCUGUGGGUAGCAGGUGGCGUUGAGUGUGGAGGUGUUGGAGCGGCUUUUGCAUCAAGUUUUGGAGCCAUUCUGGAAAAUUUUUGCAGUGGUUUUGGAACUUUUUUGGUGCAUUUCUCAAGCAGUGGAAAGGUAGGCAGCUGAGCCGUUUGCAUGCCUUUUACUGCAUGUUCUGCAUUGUGGGUUGGUUUCCAUGCCAGCUCAUUUGAAUUUUUUUCUGACCUCCAGAACGGAUUAAUUGGUUUUCAAUGCAUUCCUAUGGGAAACCACGUUUCAGUUUACAAAUUUUUCACAAUAAGAAAUGUCCUGGAGAACGCAUUAAAUUCGUAAACCGAGGUACCACUGUACUUUAUAUAACAAAUUGCCUAUACCCCUUUAAUGACUUUUAUAGAAGAAAUUCCAGUUUGCAUCCAAAUGUGAAUGCAAUUAAAAAAAUAACAGCAAAAACACAGGGGAGGGUACACAAGUACUUCUGUCACCAUAACCACUACAUAGACCUAUAGUGGUUAUAGUGCUUGGAGUGCUUUUUUAAACAUAUUGUACUUUAACAAAUACUAAUAGAGAAAUUGAGAGCAUGCUCAGAAAGUAGUAUUCAGAAAGCAAGGUCAUUAAAGCGUAUCAUUAUUCUCUAAUCAUGUGUAGAUGGAGUGGUCCAUUUCAAUGAGGAAAAUAAAAUAAAUCUGAAAGCCGUGCUAGUCAGUAUAUAUGGCAGCACAAUGUAUAGAUAGUAUUUUAGUAUCUUCAAAUUUCAUGACAGUUGCACUUGAAAGCUUAAAAAUACUUUGCAUUUUAAAGUUAAUAAUAUUCUAUUUGCUUCAUUUUACCAUGAAAAUAACAAUAUGAUGACUGUCAAUUAAGUCUUAACUUGUUAUCACUUUUAAACUUGAAAAACACGUCAAACCACCGAUUUCACUGUACUUUGAUCGGGAUGUGGAAGACAGUAAUUAAUUACGAUCUAUUCCGUACAUUGAAAUGCUAACAUAUGGUAAUGAGCCGAGGAGGUUAGUAUGUGUGACAUGUACGUCAAAGCUGGAACUAUGAAAUAUUUCUGAAAAACCACAUUGAUUUUUAUUGUUUAUACAGGGAUGAUAUACAACCUAUCAGUCACUUAAGCAAAUACAAGUCUCGCCAUUACCUGUAACACCUAUUUAACUUCUUGGAUGUUGCUGUAGCUUAGAAUAAAAACAAUGAUAUGACAGUCCUAUGUAAAUCCUUUCAUUUAAUAAUAAAAAACAUUAAAAAAAAAAAACAUAUGUGGAAGGCAUAUGCCUGAAUUUGUGAGAGGGGUUAUUUUCCUAUUUAAAUCCCCAGUAACCCCAGCUUACCUAUCGUCGCCGUCUGGAAGUUCUGGCCUGCUCACCUUACUCUCGUCAGCACAACUUCUGGGUCCUCAACAGCGCGCUUCCGGUGCCGUCAUUCCUUGCGGCUUCCCGCCAGCCUCCGUUCCCACAGACGCUCGCAAACUCACAAACUAACAAACACCAGGUAACCGGCUAGAAUAGCCACGUUCGGGCUGUUCCCGCCGUUCGACUUUUCCCUUAACUGUAUAUACGAACACACGUAUGAGACCGCAAUCACAGGCGUACACAAAUAUAAAUGUAUUGACCAAAUAAGUAACUCAAACACACGGAGCUAUUCCUCUGAUUCCUCUGAUUCCUCGGUAGGAAAGCACUGGUAUUUUAUAAUCCUACUAUAAAUAUACCGCAUACCAUUCUAAAAUAAUACAUUUCAUACAUAGACUUGUUGCUGUUUAAUGAUACUGAACAUGUACUGUGAAACCUUUACAUGAGUAAAAUAAAACCUGUUUACUGUGCCACUGGUUUUGAGAUCUAUUUAAUGAGCAGUGGACUGGAAAAAAAAAAAGAUAUCUAGGAGCAAGGAUUGGAAAGUGCUCAUUCUAUUCACUUUCUGUGAAAGAGACAGAACCAAGUACAUGCAAGGUUGUUUUAUUCAUAAUAUCUAAAUAGAGCUAUUGGUAAACUGACAGCCAACGUGAUGCUGAUAUCUGGGUGGUUCAGCAGUUCUGAUCACGUUUUCUAAAAAGAAACGAACCACCAAACAUUCGAACGUCAGGUAAUCGGCAAAUAGCCGUGUUAGGGCUAUUUUCCGUUUAACAAUUUACAAUCUCGUUGUACGUUUUAUCAGGGCCGCCAUCGGGGAAUGACAACCAUAACGGUUGCCAGUGUAUGUAUGUAUGCCAGUGUAUGUGUGUAUGUAUGUAUGUAUGCAUGCCAGUGUAUGUAUGUAUGCCAGUGUAUCUAUGUAUGCCAGUGUAUGUGUGUAUGUAUGCCAGUGUAUGUAUGUAUGCCAGUGUAUGCAUGUAUGUAUGCCAGUGUAUGUAUGUAUGCCAGUGUAUGUAUGUAUGUAUGCCAGUGUGUGUAUGUGUGUAUGUAUGCCAGUGUAUGUAUGUAUGCCAGUGUAUGUAUGCCAGUGUAUGUAUGUAUGUAUGCCAGUGUGUGUAUGUAUGCCAGUGUAUGUAUGUAUGUAUGCCAGUGUAUGUGUGUAUGUAUGUAUACCAGUGUGUGUCUGUAUGUAUUCCAGUGAAUGUGUGUAUGUAUGUAUGCCAGUGUAUGUGUGUAUGUAUGUAUACCAGUGUAUGUGUGAGUGUAUGUAUACCAGUGUAUGUGUGUGUGUAUGUAUGUAUGUAUACCAGUGUGUGUAUGUAUGUAUGCCAGUAUGUCUGUACGUAUGCCAGUGUGUGUCUGUAUGUAUGCAUGCCAGUAUGUGUCUCUAUGUAUGUAUGCCAGUAUGUAUGUAUGUAUGUAUAUAUGUAUAUAGCAGUAUGCAGUAUGUAUGUCUGCAUGUAUAUGUAUGUGUGUGUGUGUGUCAGAAUCUCCCUAUGCAUGUGUGUAUGUCUGUUUCAGUAUUUGUAUCUGUUAGUGUGUGUGUAUUCCUGUGGGCGGGAUUUGGAGGCGGGCCCAGACCUUGAGCUGUGUUAGGGGCCCCAAAAUUUCUGAUGGCGGCCCUGAGUUUUCUCUUCCCAUUGCCGUUCAUCAAAUACUCUAUGCAAAUAUUUUUGAAUGACGUGUUGCUUAGUUAAAUAAUUAGCUGCAAAUGGUCAAACUAUCUGCACAGUUCAUACAGUCGGUAAAGGGUAACAUUUUACAUGCCUUCUCCCAGUACAUACUAAACCCCAAGCAUUUGCUCAAUGUCUGUAUCGUAAAAAACACACAAAUAUCCAAAAUAUCCACAAUAUGUUUAUUUUAAGUGUCUUGAGAUGUUAUUUUUAAAUUGUGUGGUGAUAGAGUAAGACGAUGGGGGAGCGUAGCAGCAUGGAUUUUUUGUGAGACCAGUGCUGAUUCACAUCUCAUUGCAUGCUCCCCAAUCACAGUAUUACGUGAUGGGGCAGAGCUUCAGAGCCCCUGGUGGAGCGCAGACGCACUGCAAGUACCCGGGCACAAGCAGCGCUGAUGCUCACUCUGGCUGUGGCGUCCUCCUUUGCUCAUGGAUGGGGUAGGUAAUAUGUGUUUUAGUGGUGGUAUCAAAGCAUACAGCUUUAACAGUAUAUUUGUUAUAAGCACAUGUACUUUUAAGUAAUAAGCAUUCAGAGGCAGGAUUCUGACAUUGUUUCAUUGACCCUUUAAGAGUAAAUCUUUCCUCGCAUGGCUAAAUUAACCAUUUAUGCUCUUGGCUAGUAACACUUGUUCUCCUCUAGUAUAUUUGCUUUAGUUUGUUGCCUGUAAUUGCUGUUUUCGUACAGAACCCUCAGUUUUACCAAAUUAAUGUCGAAAAUAAAAAUUUCUGACGUAUUCAGCUUUGCAUAGACAACCUACAUUUAAGACCUGAUUACCUUGACCUGUACGUCUCUGCUCAGACAAGCACAUGUGAAUCUAAACAAAGUGCAUUAAGCUCGCACUCACGUUAUCUGCAGUUCUGAUAAGCAAGCCUCGGCAAAGGCGAUUACGCGUGGUAACAGUAAUAUGAACAAGAUCCGCAGAUAUAUAUAUAAAAAAAAAAAACUUACGAGCCCCGAGGGCCAUACACACAUACAUACAUACACGCAUUCUAGUUCAUACGUACUGACCAUCUGGACCUGACGCGCUCACAGGGCACUCCAGUUACGGUCAGCCUUACGAUGCUACUUCAUUAUCCCUCAUGUUUUCGUCCCAUGGUAUGUCCUCUCUCUCACUAACUAACCUUCCCUCUUAGUUAGCAGUGGCUGGCUGUCAGGUUCCUAGGUGUCCACUAGUUAUUAUUCCCCCUGGCUUCUUCGCCUUAGGUUAGUGGUCCCGGGAGGCCAACACCCAUCCUCAUACUCUGAGGUACUACGCCCCUCGGGCCAAAUCAUAGUUAGUCGCCUCGCAUUGCGGCAUAGAGAGGGCCUCACCUGUCAUCUUAUGUUUAACUGUCACGGAGAGCCCGCCACAACGUUCAGUGGCCACGCUAUCCCCUCGCGCCAACGCAUAGAUAGAGCCUCUCAAGCCACUUGGCAAUUAGCAGGGCCUCACCUGUCACCAACCUAGAGUAAUCGUUUUGACGCAUUGUGGCACUAGCUAGUCAGCCAGCACACAUACACACACGUAGUACUUGAGGGGCGGCACCUGCAGACCCCGUCAUGCAUACCCACUAUGUUUCAGAUCCAAUAAUCAGAUCAGGUAUCCUAGCGGAUUAUUUCCCGCCUUGUUAUAGCUCUAGUUUCGAUGGUGAGUUUAUAUACCAGUAAUACAAACCGUAUGUCAGAACUAUCAUACAAGGCUAAUCCAUGCUUUCAAUACGUCAAUCACUUACGGGCUAAGGGUCUACUAGAUAAUUAGAUAGCAGUACAAGGAUGAUACCCAAAUUUAUAUAAUUUCCCCAACUUGUCACUCACUUUGUGAUCCUAUUAUACCACAUACACUAGGUGCCCAUAUCAAUUCAGUAGAAACCAAGGUCAGCGGUUUCAUGCAACAAUUUGUUUCAGGCAUUUUAUUUCUUACAUAUAUUUUCAGUUAAAUACGUAUAUUGGGCCUCACGCUGCCUUUUACGUUUACACGUUGUACAUAUUUAGGCCUUGUAUUGGACCAUCGUCAGGUCCUCAAUAUGCUUACGUACAUAUAGUGACUGCUUCCAGAUUAUUCAUUACAGAUAUACUGUUUUGGCAGCCCAUUAGGGGCAUUUCAGUACAUUGAGUUCCAAAUUACCAUACGUUGACUCAUACUAUCGCUUAAUUAUCACGUCUACGUCAAUUAUACAAGGCAAUACAGGUUAAAGCAUUAGCAAUCUAAUAAAGAUAGGAUAAACCAGAAUUCCUACUUGUUUCAUAUCAAACAUCGAGGCAUCACUCAGCCUUCAUUACGAACAAACAAAUACAAUUCAAAUCCUUAACAGCUAAUGGGGACUUGUCUCUGCACGCUUGACAUUCGCAAGGUUCUCCAUGCGCAUUCAAUCAUUUGUUACGCUAUUUAAUAUUACAUACAUUUCACUAUGUUAUUUACGUUCAAGAAGUCCAUCAGGAUUGACUUUCGGUCAUGCUAUCUGUUUCUGUCUAAGAAGUUACACCUAUAGGCAUCUUAUAAUACAGACAAUUACGAUCCCAAGCCUAUCAAGUAAACGAUUAUAGGGUAUUUAUUAUACGACAUAUUAUCUUUAAGCUUAAACCACAAUCAAAGCUCCUUUUUCAGGUUCCUCUCUUAAGAGCACACAUUGUCCCUACUGUUAGUCACAGCAUUUCAUUCUAUUCUUCGGUUCGCAUCACGUCAGAUAGUUUCGUCAGAUGCCUUUUUCAGUCCUUUUUCUCUGUGGUUCUAUCCAGUUACUCACUCAUGUAAGGUUAUGUUAAUGCUCAUCCACAAGAAACAAGCCUGCCAAGGGUAAGAAGUUCUGAACUUAGUCAAAUACAUUUUGCACGAGGCCAACUACUCACCUCAACACGGAGGUUCCACCCAGCGGCCCAACUCUGAGUUAGUACCUCGCAAAUUCUUCUGCAAGGUCUUGGGUAAGGCCUCACAUGUCACGGCCACAAGUAUUGUCUCUUUAUCAUUACCAAAGGUUAACACCCCGCUGUGCUUGGUAGGUACAAGUCCACAUGGCCCAAAUCAAAAUUAGAGCCUUUCUCAGCCACGGAGCAAAUGGCUGGGCCUCACCUAUCAUGGGAUAGUCAAUAUCUUUGCCUAUAAGUACUCGUUAGCAAGCAGCUCUACUACAUGGGAUAUUUCAAUUGGCAUCAAAGUUUGCAUAGUUAAAACAUAUAUAUAUUUUUCUUUUCUUUCCUCCUUACAGAAUGCUACAAGAAAUAGCUCCAGGUGACAUUCUAUCUUUAAUAAACACUCUAACCCUGUCAUCCCAGGUCCCCCGAAGUAUCCCCCGCCCUGGCCACUCCUAAAGUCCUGAAGUCGGGCCUUGCUUAAACAUAACUGUUGAGCUUAAAGAACAUUCAGUCCAGAGAUCCUAUGCAGUUCACAAGGCCUAAUCAAGCCUUAAGUUAGAGUUUUUUACGCAGGUAGAUUUGUCUACUAACACUAAGCAAACUUACUCUAAAGAUUACGAUAUGUGUAAGUAUUGUGUAUGAUUUAAGAUAAUAAAUGCGUUCCAAUUAUAAAUGGUUGCUUGCACAAUUUUUGCCACAUCUCUUUGAAACCAGCCUACAAUACAAUUAAAACUAUACCUACAGGAAGUUAACAUUACAUGUAGACAAUAUACCCAACAGCUCCCAUUUCUUUUCUUAUUCAGUAUGGGCGCUGACAAGUGUCAGAGAUCAAAACUCCACAAAUCAUCCAAUUCACUCCCUAUCAACAGUAAAUCUUAGGGGGAGUUUUCAAAUUAACCGUUAAGCCUCCCUUUAAUAACCCUACUAAUUUAAGUCAGCAGCUCACUUGGCUUUCUACGAUUUCUUGAGGCCAAAAGAAAGAAUCUUGCUGUCGGAAACAUUCGACCUUCACCCAUGCGUAAAGAAUUCAGGAAUCAACAAUUGUUACAUUAUCUACUCUUCAUACCAAAACAUAUCAGUUGGGCAUUUUAAAUUGUGCCCGGUUCAAAAUUUGUACUCGUAAUCAAAGACCAGGUUAGCCAGGUCCCUAACUAAACCUUACUAUCUUUAAUAACUGCGAUAUUUGUUACUUUAAUACACCACCCAGGCCUUAAUCCUUUCUCCUACUCAGGCCACUCAUUCCAUGUCAAUACAACAGCAGCCUCUAAUGGGCUUGUUACGACACACAUAAGUAGAAAUAUGGUAAGUUGGUUUAAAAUAGGAACAUUCCUAACCCAGGAUAGAAAUCAGACUGUCUUGUCGACAGUGUGACUAAAUGAUUGCUAAAUGUGAAAUUAAUCUUGUCUUCAAUUUUUGCCCUCUUUUACAGGCCUGACCUCUCGUCGGUUUCAGCACACCUCAACCGACUUUGGUCCUUAUCGAACUACAUAUUUUAAUUGUACGUCCUCUAAUUACCCCGUACACAAGUGGAAGGCAUAUGCCUGAAUUUGUGGCAGGGGUUAUUUUUCUAUUUAAAUCCCCAGUAACCCCAGCUUACCUAUCAUCGCUGUCUGGAAGUUCCCCUCCCACCUCACCCUUUAUUAUUUACAUCAAUAUACCAGGUGGGCCCUCUUUUACAGGCCUGACGACUCGUCGGUUUCAGCACACCUCAAUCAACUUUGGUCCUUAUCGAACUACAUAUUUUAAUUGUACGUCCUCUAAUUACCCCGUACACAAAUAUUUACAGUUGCAAGAAAAAGUAUGUGAACCCUUUGGAAUGAUAUGGAUUUCUGCACAAAUUGGUCAUAAAAUGUGAUCUGAUCAUCAUCUAAGUCACAACAAUAGACAAUCACAGUCUGCUUAAACUAAUAACACACAAAGAAUGAAAUGUUGCCAUGUUUUUAUUGAACACACCAUGUAAACAUUCACAGUGCAGGUGGAAAAAGUAUGUGAACCCUUGGAUUUAAUAACUGGUUGAACCUCCUUUGGCAGCAAUAACUUCAACCAAACGUUUCCUGUAGUUGCAGAUCAGACGUGCACAACGGUCAGGAGUAAUUCUUGACCAUUCCUCUUUACAGAACUGUUUCAGUUCAGCAAUAUUCUUGGGAUGUCUGGUGUGAAUCGCUUUCUUGAGGUCAUGCCACAGCAUCUCAAUCGGGUUGAGGUCAGGACUCUGUCUGGGCCACUUCAGUAGGCGUAUUUUCUUCUGUUUAUGCCAUUCUGUUGUUGAUUUACUUCUAUGCUUUGGGUCAUUGUCCUGUUGCAACACCCAUCUUUUGUUGAGCUUCAGCUGGUAGACAGGUGGCCUCAAGUUCUCCUGCAAAAUGUCUUGAUAAACUUGGGAAUUCAUUUUUCCUUAGAUGAUAGCAAUCCAUCCAGGCCCUGACACAGCAAAGCAGCCCCAAACCAUGUUGCCCCCACCACCAUACUUCACAGUUGGGAUGAGGUUUUGAUGUUGGUGUGCUGUGCCUUUUUUUCGCCACACAUAGUGUUGUAUGUUUCUUCCAAACAACUCAACGUUGGUUUCAUCUGUCCACAGAAUAUUUUGCCAGUACUGCUGUGGAACAUCCAGGUGCUCUUGUGCAAACUGUAAACGUGCAGCAAUGUUUUGUUUGGACAGCAGUGGCUUCCUCGGUGGUAUCCUCCCAUGUAAUCCAUUCUUGUUUAGUGUUUUACGUAUUGUAGAUUCGCUAACAGGGAUGUUAGCAUUUGCCAGUGACUUUUGUAAGUCUUUAGCUGACACUCUAGGAUUCUUCUUCAGCUCAUUGAGCAGUCUGCGCUGUGCUCUUGCAGUCAUCUUUACAGGACUGCAGUGCUGAACUUUCUCCAUUUAUAGACAAUUUGUCUUACCGUGGACUGAUGAACAGCAAGGCUUUUGGAGAUACUUUUAUAACCCUUUCCAGCUUUAUGCAAGUCAACAAUUCUUAAUCGUAGGUCUUCUGAGAGCUCUUUUGUGCGAGGCAUCAUUCACAUCAGGCAAUGCUUCUUGUGAAAAGCAAACCCAGAACUGGUGUGUGUUUUUUAUAGGGCAGGGCAGCUGUAACCAACACCUCCAAUCUCAUCUCAUUGAUUGGACUCCAGUUGGCUGACAUCUCACUCCAAUUAGCUCUUGGAGAUGUCAUUAGUCUAGGGGUUCACAUACUUUUUCCACCUGCACUGUGAAUGUUUACAUGGUGUGUUCAAUAAAAACAUGGCAACAUUUCAUUCUUUGUGUGUUAUUAGUUUAAGCAGACUGUGAUUGUCUAUUGUUGUGACUUAGAUGACUUAGAUGAUUUUCAGAUCACAAAUUUAGGACCAAUUUGUGCAGAAAUCCAUAUCAUUCCAAAGGGUUCACAUACUUUUUCUUGCAACUGUAUAUAGUAGAGAUUGUAGCACGUUUAGUCCAGUGAUGCAGAUGUUAAAAUGAAAUUCGGAUCUCGUAAUACCUUUUUUUUAGACUAACAGAAUUUAGAAUGAAAACAUUUCGGGAGAUCCUCCCUUUCUCGAGUGAAAGCAUUUCUGAGUAAUACAACACAUAGAAUUUAAAGUCUAGUUGUGCAGUUAGCCGAAUGGAUUCGGGAUACAACCUUAGGCACAUACUAACCAAUUAAUCCCUGUAGUUAUUAGUUAGACAGAACAAUAUAGGUAAGUUGUCCAGCAGGAUGUUAGAAGUAUAUCUCAUAGGGGCCAUUUACAUGAGGUUGAGAUAUCUGCUCAAGUGAAUGUAGCAAAAAAGAAAAUAUAUUGUGCCACCUAUGCGUUUAAAUACCCCUGACCAAGGGGGCAGUGGGUGGGGGGUGGGGUGUUCAUACAAAUUCUCGAGUGUGUAACCCAAAACAAACUUUUAUGUAAGUAAAAUUUUAACUUUUAAAACAUAAAUAAACCUGAAACUACAGCUCAGACAGUGCAAUACCACUUAGUGAUUCAGCAAUAAGUGGAAGUUAGGAGGAAACCUGGAACAUGUGCGCUUGGGUAAGUUAUUGUAGUCCUAUUUAGGUCCUGAUCUCUUGUAGGUAGAAAGAAUGUCACGUUGGGGAUGUCCUAGACCUCAUUAGUGUGGUAUCUGCCAGGCCGACGGCUAAUGCUGAGGCAUCUGCUCGAGAUAUUGCUCUAUAUGCCAUUCCCUCCUUCUGCACCUGCGGGAUGCAGGGUGAGGACCAUUUAUAUGCCAGGCCAGCUUCUUGCAGCUUUUUGGUGAUGGGCUGCAUGGUUUUGAGCCACAACAGUGUGGAACGGUUUAUAUCCGGAAGAAAGUAAGUUGGUGCGAUUCAAAGUCCAGAGGUACUUCAUCUUCAUCAGCCUUUGCUUUUCUGUGAAGGUUUAAAGGAUCACUAUAGUGUCAGGAAAACGCUAGCGGUUUUCCUAACACUAUAGUGCCCUGAGGGUCAUAGACGCGCCUCUAGUGGCUGUCCGGAAGACAGCCACUAGAGGCUGGAUUAACCCCAAAUGUAAACAUAGCAGUUUCUCUGAAACUGUUAUGUUUGCAUCUGACGGGUUAAAACCUGAGGGACCUGGCACCCAGACCACUUCAUUGAGCUAAAGUGGUCUGGGUGACUAUCGGGUCCCUUUAACAUCUGAUUAUAAUGUCCCUUGGAGUGCCAGCCGGAUCCCUGGGGGACUUGGUAAUCCGAUAGGCUCCAUCUAUUUGUAUAUGCUUUGUUUGUUUGGUGGGUAGCACUGAUGCAAUGAGCCAUCUUAGGAAGUGUGGUAGCUCCUCUGGGUAAACUGCAUCCGCAACUCCUCGUAUUUUGAUGUUUUGCCUGUUGUGUCAACUCGGAGUGAUAGAGAUGAGUGUAAUGUUUGUAAGGGCUGUACAGUUUCCCCCAAAGCUGUUAGGCCCUGUUUAAGAUCGUUCACGUCCUCUUCAGUAGCUUAGACUUGGGCCAUGACUACCUGCAUCUCACUUUUCACCACUGCUAUAUCAGCAUUGAAUAAUUGUCUAAUUUUGUCACACAAGUCAGUGAUGUCUUGUUCAGUUCAGUGGCGGACCCGAGGGGGGUGGGGGGGAAAUACCUACAACCAGGCCCCUUUAAAUUUUGCAGAGACCAAGCCCCUCCCGAACAGAGAGUGCUGGGAGAAAGUGCUAUCUGUUACUUCCUCCCUGCUUACUGAUCGCGCGUGCUGGGAGGACUGAAGACACUCUGAGAGAGGAGGAGGAAAAGCUCUGCAGGCAGACUUCUAUGCCGUCAGCCUCAGUUAUCCCCAGGAACUCACCUCCCUGCAGCAAAAG